CUUGUUCACGUUUUUUCUCGCGCGGUCAGGGCACCUUUAAGAGGUCUUGCCGGUGUGUGAGCACUGACUUGUUUCGUCGUGUUUCGGUGGAGUCAUGUUUUAACAUCAGCAGCAGCAGGAUUCUGCACCAUGGACGCUUUCCGACAGCGGAGCGCCGACACGAUGCUGUCCGUGUGGAUGUUACUGAACGCGAUGUCGGGACUGAAGGCGGAGGACGAUGGAAUGGAAGAACUUGCCACUGAGAAGGAGGCUGAGGAAAGCCACCGACAGGACAGCGUUAAUCUGCUCACGUUCAUUUUACUGCUGACACUAACAAUUCUCACCAUUUGGCUCUUCAAGCACAGACGUGUGCGUUUCCUUCACGAAACCGGACUGGCGAUGAUUUACGGUUUGCUUGUAGGCGUGAUUCUACGCUACGGAAUUCCUGCCACAAGUUAUCGCCACCAGACGCCGCCGAGCUGCUCUCUGAAGGAAGGACCUGCCAGCACACUGCUGCUUAAUGUCAGCGGCAAGUUCUUUGAGUACACCCUCAAAGGAGAGAUCAACUCCCGAGAGAUUCACAAUGUGGAGCAGAAUGACAUGUUGCGCAAGGUUACGUUUGACCCCGAAGUAUUUUUCAACAUUCUGUUACCGCCAAUCAUAUUCCACGCUGGGUACAGUCUCAAAAAGAGGCACUUCUUCAGGAAUCUGGGCUCCAUCAUAACCUACGCUUUUCUUGGGACAGUCAUCUCAUGUUUUGUUGUUGGGAACCUGAUGUACGGUGUGGUCAAACUGAUGCAGGUGUUGGGACAGCUAUCUGGGAAGUUCUAUUACACUGAUUGCCUUUUCUUUGGUGCCAUCAUCUCUGCCACAGAUCCAGUUACCGUGUUGGCCAUCUUUAAUGAGCUUCAUGCUGAUGGAGAUCUCUACGCUCUGCUCUUUGGAGAAAGUGUAAUGAAUGAUGCCGUGGCCAUUGUGCUAUCCUCUUCCAUUGUGGCCUACCAGCCGAGUGGUGCAAAUAUGCACAUGUUUGAUGCUUCAGCCUUUUUCAAGUCGGUGGGUGUGUUCCUGGGGAUUUUCAGUGGCUCCUUUGUGAUGGGUGCAGCCACAGCCGUCGUCACUGCCCUCGUCACCAAGUUCACCAAGCUGCACUGCUUCCCCCUGCUGGAGACAGCGCUGUUCUUCCUCAUGUCAUGGAGCACCUUUCUGCUGGCUGAGGCCUGCGGCUUUACAGGCGUCGUGGCCGUGCUGUUCUGUGGAAUCACACAGGCUCACUACACAUACAACAACCUCUCGGAGGAGUCCACAAAACGCACCAAACAGCUCUUUGAGGUCCUGCACUUCCUGGCUGAGAAUUUCAUCUUCUCCUACAUGGGUUUGGCUCUGUUCACCUUCCAGAACCACAUCUUCAGCCCCAUCUUCAUCAUAGGAGCUUUUAUUGCCAUAUUCCUUGGAAGAGCCUUCAACAUAUAUCCACUCUCCCUCCUUCUCAACCUUGGUCGUCAGAAUAAAAUCAAAGGAAACUUCCAACACAUGAUGAUGUUUGCAGGACUACGUGGGGCGAUGGCGUUUGCGUUGGCCAUCAGGGAUACAGCCACCUAUGCCCGGCAGAUGAUGUUCACCACGACACUGCUGAUAGUCUUCUUCACGGUCUGGGUGUUUGGUGGUGGGACGACGCCCAUGCUAUCCUGGCUACACAUCAGGGUUGGUGUAGAUCCAGAUCAAGACCUGCAGCCCUCUACCGACAGUUUCCAGGUUUUACAGGGGGAUGGUGCCCAGGCAGAAGAACACAGUAAAACCAAACAGGAGAGUGCGUGGCUUUUCAGGCUGUGGUACACUUUUGACCACAAUUAUCUGAAGCCCAUCCUGACACACAGUGGCCCACCUCUCACCUCUACACUACCCAGCUACUGUGGACCAUUGGCAAGUUGUCUGACCAGCCCCAGGGCAUACGAGACCCAAGAGCAGCUGAGGGACCAUGACCCUGACGUCAUUCAGAGCGAGGGCGACCUGACCUUUACAUUUGGUGAUGCCACCAUCACAGCAAACGGCGCAUCUGGCAGUGCUGCAGAUGAGACUGGGGACUCAGGCUGGAGCGCCAAUGGAAAAAGGAGUGGCAGCACAUCCGAGGAAGUACUGGAGCGUGAAUUUGACCUCCGAGAGCAGGAGCUGCUGAGCCGUGGCACACGACUGGUUUUCCCCAUGGAGGAUCACGUUUGACCAUCUCUUCCCUCCCCUCCCCCCGUCUGCCUCCCUUACCUGACUCCGCCCCAGCCUGCCUUGCUCUCAGCUGGCCACACCUCGUUGGCACAGUGUCCAUUGUCCAGAGGUGCUGUGAGUUGUGGGACCAAAGUUUGAGUGUUUCUGUUUAGGCUCCAGAAGACAUGCACUCUAACGCAUCACGAGAGGAACCUUCCAUGGUAUCAUACUGUGAUUUUUGUUUUUGAUUUCCUCUGCUUCAACAGCAGGGAGGCACUUAUGCAGGAUGUGACAAAAUAUCCAGAAUAUGAGCUACUUUGUUCAGUUGUAACGGGAAAAAAAACAUAUCAGCCUGGUAGAUCCAGGUGCGGUUUGAUCUUUUUGUGUUCAGAUGAUCAUGACUGAGGAAACGCUGCAUGGCUUUUUUUUGUUUUGUUUUGCAACAUUUCGCACCAUCUGGAUGUUGGGAGGAGGCUGCACGACCCAAACACAGUCAGUCACAUUCUGAACGCGUCACAUCCAUAGUUGAGCGAAAACAGUGUUAACACUGAGGAGGUCAUGACUUUGAGGAGCGUAAAGAACCCUGAAUUUCUAACGCUCAGCUGCUGCCAUCAACAAAUUCGCUGAAGAAUGCAAGUGUAUAAAUAGCUACAAUACUGA